AUGACAUCCUAUCCGCUGGACUCUUUCCCUGUGCCAUUUGAUGUGCUGGAAAACACCUGGUAUCAUAUCUCGACUAUCGUCCGCUCUCAACGCUUAGUUGUCAGCGUGAACCAGAUCCAGCUGUUCAAUAUCUCAUUGGCAAGCUACUACACUGGUGGCAGUUCUAUCUCCAGUGCGGGUUCAUUUGGAUUUGGAGCAUGGCAAGACCAGUCUACCUACAUCCGCAAUGUCACUGCCCAUGAUGCAAAAGGAGUCUUGAUCUAUCAGAACCCAAUGACAGACGCCGCUGCUGUCCUACCAGAGUAUGGUGUUCAUGAAAACUAUUUCCCAACAUGUGUGGAUGGUGCCAAACGAGAUCGCUUGGUAUGGCUUGGAGACUUCCUGCACACGAGUAGAAUCAUUGGGGUGACCACACAUCGCAAUGACCAUGUUGCUGGCACACUUCUGCAACUUCUGGCCUAUCAGCUGCCAACUGGCCAGCUUCCAAUGGCUCCGUCCCUGGGCUAUUCACCAGACAUUAGUUCCACUAAUUUCGCUGUGCGCGGUCUCGCUUAUCUCCUUCCGGAUUACCAUAUCCUCGCGCUGAUGUCGUUUUACUCCUACAUGGAGUAUGCCAAUGACAUUAGAUUUGCUCGGAAGCACUGGAGGGCAUGGAAGCUCGCUGCCGACUGGCUUGUUUCGUACCGCAGCAACUCGAGUGGUUUGAUCGAUCUGAGCUUGUUUGGGACUGCUUUUCUAGGUCCCACCAGUGGCUCAGCCGUCAAUUUCGCUUCCGUUGAGGCAUUGUCUGGGAUGGCUUUGAUAGCGGCGGCAGUUGGAGAUGAUUCGUCGUCUAAAAAGUGGAAGUCGAUUGCUACUUCCAUUGCAAUCGCCGCCAACGAUGCAUUCUGGAACGACAAAGACGGUAUCUAUUCAGUGCAGAGCUCAGAUCCAACCAACUAUUCCAUUGCUGCGCUUGGGUUUGCCAUCACAUCUGGCUCGGCAAACUCUACACAGGCUCAACUCUGUUUGUCACAAUUGCCUGCUCUCAAGCUAGGACCAGGAUAUCGUGACUCUAGCAAGGUGCUUGCCUCCGACUCGACUGCCAAUCUGUCGCCGAACACGAACGGAUUCCUUCUGCCGGCGCUACUGAGACAAAAGCACACAGCCGCCGCGACAUUCUUAUUGGAGAAGCUUUGGGGUGCAAUGGUCGCCAACACAUCCAGCAAAUCAGGAGCCAGCUGGGAGUAUGUCAACCAGCAAUCGGAGCCUGGCCUGGGUCAAUUCACGUCUCUUGCACAUCCUUGGGGAGGAGCGGCUACAUAUGUCCUUACAAACUACGUGGCUGGUAUCCGACCGACUAGUUUUGGGUAUAAAACAUGGGUAGUCGAUCCAGCCUACGCAGGGUUUGGUUUACACGAAGUGAACAGCACAGUGCUCACUCCUCAUGGUUCUCUAAGCGUCGCUUGGACGGCCAAGAACUCGGUUGUCACAAUUAUGGUAGAUGCCCCUUCGGGGACAUCGGGCAAGUUGAUCUUGAGCAAAGACUGGGCUUGUAAAGAGGGAUUUGUGCCUCACCAUUGCGAAAAGGUCAAGAGCUUCGUCCGUGUGAUUGACGGAGGAAGAGCUAGACAUUUUACACAUCAUUUCAAGGCGUGA